UAGUUGUGAACAAACCUAAACUUGAAAUCUAAUUUCACCUCCAAAGCCCUGUUCAGAAAAUGGAAACCCUAGAACAAGAACACCACCAAUCGACGACCACUACAGUCCCAGAUGAAAUCAUCGAUGACAUCCUCUCCAGACUCCCCGUCAAAUCCAUUCUCCGAUUCAGAUCAGUCUCCAAACCGUGGCUCUCCCGCAUCUCCGAUCCGUCAUUCACCAAACUCCACUCCACCGAUCACCACCACACUGGCUUAUUCAUUUCUGCCUACGACGAAUCCCCCCACAAACACCACCUUCUCUCCGCCGCAUGUGACGGUGGUCCCGUAACUCAUCUCCUCACAAUUGACUGCGCGUCUGAUCAUGAUAUCCCAGUAGCAGAACAUUUGAACGGCUUAGUAUUCUUUAAUACCGUUAACGUGUUUACCCAUUCCGCUAAAGCUAACCCUUUCGUUAUUAACCCCAGCAGGCGUAAGUUUUUUAGGCUCCCUCAUCCUUACACCGAUAGAAAUAGAAUAUGGCGUGUCUUUUACUAUUUCGGGUUUGAUGAGUCUAGAAACGAACAUAAGGUUUUGAUGAUCAGAAAAUUUAAUUAUCCUACUAGAUUCGAGGUUAUGAUUUUCUCUUUGUCAACUUGUUCAUGGAGAAAGAUCGAUGCAGAGUUCCCUAUUGGUUUUAGUUGGGAUCAUUUGCACUUCUACAGCAAAAGUGUUUGUGUUAAUAGUGUAAUACAUCUAUUGUGUCAAGACAGUUUAUCGCUUCUCAUUUUGGCGUUUGACCUGAGAACAGAGAUGGUUUCGGUUAUCAAUGUACCUCAAAUUUCUGUGCCCGAUUAUGAUGAUGAGCAACCUUGCAUCAUAAAAACCAAUGGCUGUAUAGGAGUUGUUGACCGUGAUUAUAAUCUUAUGCUUGAAAACAAUGAAAUGCUUAUUUGGAUAUUACAAGACUAUGAAAACCGUGUUUGGGUCAAAGAAAUCAUUGCGUUUCCAGAGCCUUGGAUCGAGUUAGGUGGGCCUUACCCGAAUGAUUCUGUUAAUAUGGACGAGAUUAUCUUUCGUUCAGGCAACUUGUCUGAGGAUGUGACGAGUUUACUUGUCUAUAACAAGAGGAGUAGAAAUUUUAAAUCAUUACAAUUCACCCCGGGUCAUCAGUUUCCGUUCUCAACCUCAUCACGGUUCAGUCUGAUCAGGUGUUAUGUUGAAAGCAUGCUGCCUUUAUAGAGGAGCAAACAAGACUUGAUGAUCCGAUACAAGUUCUUCCACAAGCAAAUCUUGGUUUUCGUAUCUUACUUUGCAGUUCAGAAUCCUUUUGUGCAGUGUUCAAAUUGUUAGGCCUUUUGGAUAAUUCCGGGCCUAGAAAGUCCUCAACUUUUGAUCUUGACCAUCCAUAGUAUCAAAAUGACUUGUAGAAGCAACAGUUGAGGGAGGUUACACACUCUCUUUCCUGGCCUGCUGCAGUUUUGGCGACACGUAUUCAUGUUCUAAUUUUAGACUCCGUGCUACUAUUUCUUAAAUUUAGCAAUUCUAUCAAAAUCAGAACAGAAUAUAUAAUUCAAAUGUCUUGAUCGGAAGCCAAUGUGAGCGAUGGAACUACAUAUGAUGUUCGCCGGAGCUGGAGGAGCUUUAGGUCAUCCACCAUCGGACUCUCGAUACAAUGUCAUCAUGAAUGAAAUGUGUUGACCGAAGCUGACCAGGACCUAGAAUCUUAAUCUUUUAACCAUGGUGAUGUUUCUGAAGCCCCUGCACAGUCAUCUCUUGUGGUAGACCCAUGGAUCAACUUCAUGUACAUGUAUCUGAAAAGUCAUCUACAAUGGAGUUAAGCACUCAUGACAUCAACCUCUUUGACCAAGUAAAAUACCAAUCAUUUCCAGUUUGGUUUCAGUAGGGGGGGGGGGGCAAGUUAUUUAAGUAAAAGUCAAGGGUUGAAAUGGGUUAAUUAGAAAAACAAGGUAACUACGGGUCAAUAUGGUUUGAACAUUUUCAAGGAACGGUUCUUUAGGGUUGACUAUCCUCAACCACGGGUUAGAGACGCUCCUCCAGUCCUCCGCCACAAACCUCCGCCGUCUCCUCCGCCACAAACCCACACCGUCUCCGACGUCUCCUCCUGCACAAACCCCCACUGUCAUCAUCAUACACCCUACCAACUCCUGUGUUUCUCUGAUGCCUUCAUAGCAGCAGGUGCAGCAGGUACUCCACUCGAAUUAAUGUCAUUCUUUCAUAUAAUUAUCCGUCAUAUUAUACAGAUCUGUUGUUAAUUUUAUGUACCAAUACUGUAUCAAUCUGGAUUACGAAAUUAUGGAUGUUCAUAGGGAAAAUGCGUAUAGGAUUAGGGAUUUUACAAUCGUUUGAAUCGAUUAUUUUGACAGUAAUAGUGAACAUCGGCAAUUUUAAUUUCAUGCGAUUAGUUGUUUACA